CCCUCCAUCAACAACCCAUCGACCAUGUCAGCCUCACGGUUCGCAGGCAAAAACAUACCCACAUUGCAGCAGUUUAUGACCAAGCAGAAGGUCCUCUCGCUGUAUCGGGAAAUCCUGCGAGCAACAAAAGGACUGCCGCAGGACGACGCUGAGUUUAUCCGAUCUUGGGCAAGAUCCGAUUUCGAACGCUACCGCACAGUCACAGAUCCAGACCGCAUCCAGCUGCUGCUGAGCCAAGGCAAGGUCCAACUGCGGACGCUGGAGAAGAGCGUGACAUUCUCCAAGGUCAAGUAAGCAGCGGCACACACCCAUGCCCGAUGGCCUUUGGCCAAACAGCGAGCCUCGGGAUCGAGCAAGCGUCGACUGUAUGCGGCAGACCCUGCGAUCCUCACCAGAGCCAACCAAAUAUGUGCGACAAGUUGAAGGGGAUCGCUGGUGAUUGCAUCGCCGGCGAGAUCGGAGCCAGUUUGCGCUCCGAAUCGGCUCGGUCUUGGACGGUCUGAAUACCGAUGGCCCUGACAUGGCGGCUUGAGCGAAUACAUAGCCCCGCUUGGCUGGCGCAUUCACGCUCGCAUGA